CCGACGGAAGAUUUAUUAGGUUAUAUUCUGUGAUGUGCAGUAGCUAAGCGAAACUAGCACUUUGAACUGGAUCUAACCGAAUGACGCUAAACUAACAGGACAUCAAAUCCUACAGAACGAUGAACUGACUUCAGCACCUCACUGAGAACUUGACAAAGCAGGACGAAGGAUAAUCAUGUUCAGUUUUCUUGGAUCCCGCAAGGACUCAAAGAAGUCAACAUCUGACAAGGAAGUAGAUGGGGGCUUUGUUAUCAUUGGAGAGACAGUUGAAGAACAGAGGCAGAAGAUGCAGAUCAUGAACAUCACACAGCCUUCAACAAAUGUCGUAGUGCAGCCAUCAAGGUCAUCCUGCCCAACUCCAGCUCAACCUACUGACCCAAUGCUCCCUACAGUUUUACCUAAUAUGGGUCCAGUAGUGGGGCCCCCAUUGGUAGGAGCUGCUUCGACUCUCUCGGAUCUCCUGGGGGAUGUCCCCUUCACUUUGGCUCCUCAUGUCCAGGCCAUGCAGGCGGGUUUCACUUUUAUCCCUGAUGUACUGCUAUCACGUGACAUAAACUACAACUUGGCCAAUUUUCAGUACGAUUUCACUUUAGAGAACUCUGUUCUUCAUAAUGUCUAGUUUUUUAAAAAAUUUAAAUGUGAUUAGUAGCUCACACUGUGGGAAACCUGGCUGAUAGUCUAAUAUAACCAGUUCUGGAUUACAUAAGUAAUUCCAGCUCUACAGCAUUUAACAGGAAAAUUUACUAUGUAAACCAGUCAAACCUUAUUAAAACUACAUUGAUUUUAAAAAUGUAUAGAGAUGGAGCUCUGGACUUCUGUAAUUAACUUCCAGUCCAUUGUGUACUUUCAAUGUAGAGCCACUUUCGUAAAAUGAAAUGAAAUCAAAUUUGACUAGGCACAACUAUUUUAGGUGAAAAGUUUACAUUUUUCUGGUAACUAUGCCCUGAGUUUCCUCCUUAGUGUGUCACUCUCACUUUGAUUGCAGUUUGCUGCUGUUUACUUUCAUUGCAUGUAUGGGAUUUGAAUCAAGAUUGGUUUAGUCAUCGUGACAAGUCAAGUGUGGGUGCAACUAAGGUGUUGUGAUAGAUCUGUGAACAGUCACUGUCUGACCAUAUAUGGUCAGACAGGAGAUAAGCAGUCACCCAAAUUGUCUGAGUUGCUACAACUGUUGUACACAGUACAGCAGGUCAAAAUUGGAUGAAGGAGUUUGUUAAACUGUCUUGGAUGUUGAGAAAUUGCUCAUCUCUGCCAAAUAGAGGGUUUGUCUAAAAUGCGUUUAAUUACCUGCCUACUAAAACACUGCUACCCAUCUGGAACAUGCAGCA